AUGGUUACUGAAGAGGCGAAUAGUUAUUCCUUUGCCUCUUCCUCAAUCCUCAAAUCCCAAAAAACCCAAAGUGGUGGCAAAGCAGUAGCUACUUCCCUGCCGUUGGCGCGAACUAAGUCGCCUUCGGCGGCCUCCGAUAAGGAUAAAAAGAAACCAAGGGAGAAUAAAAAGAAGAAAGGCGAUUCAGGAUCUAGCAGCAGUGACAGUAGUGGCAGCUCAUCAGAGAGCAGUUCAUCUCGUUCGUCAUCUAGGUCUUCAUCGAGCAGUUCUGGCAGUUCAUCUCGUUCCUCUUCGUCGUCCAGCUCGUCGAGCAGCAGCAGCAGCAACAAUGACCGUUCUAGACCAAAGAAGAAAAUCUCCCCUAACAAAAGUCCCAUCAAGGAUCGCCGUGAACCUGAUAGAGAUAAAGUAAGGGACAGAUCUCCUCUUGGUGAUAAAAAGAAGCAAGCAAUUCCAUCAUCUAAUGAUAAGAGUAAAAGCAAGGAGAAACAUGAUAGAUCUCCAGGUCGCAAGAAGCGAGAACGCUCUCCACCACCAAGGCCCACACGUAUUCAUAUUGGUAGAUUGACUCUGAAUGUGACUAGGGAUCAUGUUCAUGAGAUAUUCUCAACAUAUGGUACUGUGAAAGCAGUGGAAUUCCCCAUGGAUCGGCUACAUCCCCACAAUGGACGUGGAUAUGCAUAUGUGGAAUUCAGCAAUGCUGAUGAAGCAGAAAAUGCCAUGAAGCAUAUGGAUGGAGGACAAAUCGACGGUCAAGAGAUUACGGCGGCGCCAGUGCUGAUCCCGUCGCGGCCUCGUCGACCAUCGCCUCGUCCACCACCACCACGACACGCGCCACCACGUCGACACUCUCCUCCUCGGUACCGGCGUCGUAGCCCGCUUCCCCGGCGUCGGUCCCCGCCCCGGCGGCGCCGAUCGCGCUCCCGCUCGCCCCGCGCGGCGCCUCGCCGCCGACGCUCCAGGUCCUCCUCCUCCUCCUCCCGAUAACUCCCUCACACAGACACACAGAUAACACAACCUCGCCGCUUUGCAUGCAAAACACCAACACAACAAAUCAUUUGACCCGACUUAUUAUUUGGGAGCCUCUCAUAAAAAUUUGGUACACAUGUUCCAGAUGACACAAGAGGUAAGUAUGACUCUGCUUCCCAUCUAUAUGGUCGUUGUAUUGUAGACUUGUUAUGUAAUGCCGAUGUUUAGCGCAGGUGAGUAUUUAUAUUUAAGACUGCAAUAUUAUGAUUUUUAACGAGAUUUUUCUUGUUAUAAAAGCUUGCAAAAUGGAAACAACUGAGUGAGUGCCCAAUCCAGAUGAACUGUAUCCAAAAACUAAAUCAGUGUGGAGUGUAAUGUAAUAAUAUUGUAUUUGUAAAUUCCAAAACACAGAAAAGCUG